CCCCGGCUGACCGCAGCCCCUGGCUUUGUGUUGCAGCUUCCCUCCUUUGCCCGCCGCUCGAACAUCCUCACGGGGCUGCAGGACCCUGCCGUGGACAAUAGGCCAAAGCUGGAUCUCAGCUCCUCCGGCAAGAGCCAGCAGCACCAGUAUGAACUCAACAGCAAGAAGCAUCACCAGUACCAGCCCAAUGGCAAGGAGAGCAGCAUGAAGCACCAGUCCCACAGCAAAGGGAAGUAUUACUACCAGCUGAACAGCAAGAAGCACCACCACUACCAGCCGGACCCCAAGAUGUACGAGCCCCACUACCAGCCCAGCAGCAAGGAGCCGCAGAGCCAGGCCUGCUUGGACAGUAACAAGAGCCCCCUGGUCGCCCACCCAGACAAGUGGGCUCAUGGCCCGGCCAAAAACCUCUUGGGACCAGUCAAGAACCUCGCUGCAGAGAGCAAGAACGGGGCUGAGAAGAACCUGUCCAGUGGUACCGGGCCUCCCCCCAGGGACAGGGUGACCAUUGUGAUAGUCAUGAGCAAGUACAUGGAGAACGGGAUGCAGGCGGUGAAGAUCAAGUCCGGGGAGCCGCCCCGGAAGCGGGCUGCGGAGGAGAGGACUCCUAAGAAGGGUGGGGAGGAGAAGCUGGAGGCUUGGAGGAAGCCAGGGGAGGAGAGGGUGGUGGGCAGCAACGCCCUGAGCAAAGCAGAGGGCGAGGGCCGGCAGCCCCCCGCGGAGCUCGAGGAAAGUCCCCGAAAGACUCCCCUGGCCAAGGAGCUGCCCCUUCCUCCGGCGGAGCAGCCC